AUGUCUCGACCCGCUGCUAAAUCGAAACACGAACGCAAACAAGCAAAAAAUUUGAGAAACAAAUUAAAUGAAUUUAUUCCGGGAACCACUUGUACAGAAAAUGAAUGGAAUCAGGUACUUGAGAGGGAGCAAUCAAAAGAAGUUAUCUCGAAGCUAAUGGAUGAUUUCAAAGAGCAGUUGAACAAUAGACUUCUGUACAGAAGUAUGGAACUGUACAAAUACAAAUUCGCAGUUGAACUUUUUCAAAAAGAUAUAAUUCACAUGUUUGAAUGGAGUCAUGCUGAGAGAGAUAAAGAAGUUGAUGGUACAUACUUCAUAGACUUAGACGAUUUCGAACCUGCUUGUUUAAUGACUGAUAACAUUGCUAGAGGAUCCGUCGACUUAAAAUAUUCAGGUAAAGUCUACAACUAUCCCUCUCACAAUUUAGGAGAAUCAAUAGUUUCUAAGAGUUACUUUGACAAAGGAGAGAGUCUUGCUGAUGAUUUCAAAGAAGAUACGACGUCAAUUUUGAAGGAAAAUGAACCAGAUGAAAACAAAAACUUGGAUGACGAAAAAGAUAAAAAUCUUGGCACAAAAACAUCAGAUGAAAAACAAGCAGAUGAUCAAAUUAUAACCGCAUCUGAUAAAACAAAAUGUGAAAAAUACACGACGGUUGAGAAAAAGAAACCCAGUGGAACAUUUGUUGCAAGCGAAUUGAGAUCUCUGAAAAAAACUAAAAAAUCUUCCUUAAGUGACAGCGAGAAACAAAUGAAUAACAUCAUAUCUAACAUUGAAUUAAAUUUAGUCCCAGAACCCAAAUCAAUCACUAAUUUUCAUUUAAGAGAAGAGAUUAUAGGGGUUGAUCAACCCAGCCUAAGAAAUGCUCUUGCAACACACACAACCCAUGAAGCCAUCGCAGAAUCCAACACCGACAAAAUUGUCAAGAACUUCGAUUUCAGACCUCAGAAAACCAUCACACAAUGCCACAAAGAGAUAAAAACAAAAAAACCAAUCACAAACCUCCUCGACAACAGAGUGAACACUAAAGUAACAAUCACAGAGAAAAACGUAAAAGAACUUCAAAAAGAAUCCAUACUCAACCCUAUAAAAAAUCUAACAAAAGUUAAAAGCAGGCAGUACACAUUUGUCUCGAACGUACAGAGUAAAGAAUUACCAAAUGUUCAACCGUGCUUAAAUAUGAUAGAUGCAAUUAAUCCGUCAAGAGGCGUGACAAUAACGCAUUUGAACAAAUCAAAAACAAAUCCAUUGAAGGUUAAACGAAGAAUUAUCACAAACAAAAGAAACUAA